GAGGUUUGUGAAUAAAAUGCAAAUACCAUAGCCUGGAAGGCAUUCACAGGGACAAAAACCCUCACAGAGGUUUAUGUUUCUAUUUUUUUCGAAGGAACACCCUCUCUUCAUGGCGUGGCGGAUUUUCACUAAGCGAACUGCUGGGCUUAGCAAAACUGCUUACGGUCAGAGUUUGCUGGAUACAUCGUUAUUCCCUCAACGGAGUUUAUUUUUUCCGGCAUUUCGAGGCGCACUAGCUAUGUUUUCUGCUUCCUCCUUAGGUAUAGGACCAGAAGAAUAUGCAAAGAGAAACUAUGCGAAUAAUAUUUCAGAGUACAAUACAGUUCUUGGAUCUCUUACUGUGCAGAGAAGAUAUUUCUUGUUGCGGGAUGUCUAUGAUGACAUGCAAUUGGAUGGAGUCCAGCCGAUUCGGGACACUUUUCACACAUUGAUUGUAGGUGCAAUGAAGGGAGCACGAUUGCAAGAUUCUCUUUACUUCAUGGAUGAAAUGAAAUCCAUGGGCAUGGCGCCAGAUACAACAUUAUACAAUUUUAUCAUCUCAACAUGCGGGAAAAGCAAGAAUUCAGAUUGUGCAAUUCAGCUUUUGGAGAAUAUGAAGCGGUCUGGUGUAAAGCUGAAGGGUCAGACAUAUAUAACAUUCUUGUGUGCUUGUGCAUCAACCGGCCAGGUUGAUCAAGUAUAUGCGAUUGUGCGUGAUAUGACUGCUGCAGGCCUUGGUUUGAAUAAGUUCUGCUAUGCUGGCCUUAUAACUGCAUUUAAGAACAGACAACCCGUAACAGAAGAGACUACCUCCAAGAUUAUUGAAUUAGUCAAGCAGUCAAAAGGUUGGUCAUCUGUAGAAGCUUCAAGUGGAACUGGAGAUUCUGGAAUGCUUAGUGUAACUGAGGAAGAACUAUACAAUAUUCCUGCUGCUGAAUUUGUACACCGGCGUAGCUUUAUUAACAGGCAAUUAACUGUUUAUCAUACUGCUCUACAUGCUUGUGCCGAUCUGGGAAGUAAGGAGUCUGUAGAUACACUUAUGGAGAUGUUGAAAGGAGAUGGCGAUACUCCUGAUAUCUUCUGUGUAAUACAAGUGAUGAGGUGUUAUCUGCAUUGCAGGGAUAUUGAAGGAGGUAAACAGGUCUUCGAUGAAUAUGUCAAUUCUGGGAAACUGUUGGCAGUGGAAUUGUAUACUACUCUAGCACAGGGAGCCAUGAUUGGCCACACUCCUAAAGGAAUGGAGAUAGCAAGAGAAGCGUUGGAAAAAAUGACUGCAAGGGGAUGGUUUCUCACUCCAAGAUUAGGGGGUGAGCUCCUAACAAUUGCAUCAGGAGAGCAAAUUGGAGGAUUUACAACAGCAAAUUACAUAUGGGAUCUAAUGCAAGCUCGUCACAUUGUACCCCCAUUAACUGCUGUGGAAGCAUAUCAUAAAGGCUUAAUGGAAAGGGAUAUUCCUAAGGAUGAUCCUCGGCUAACUCAAAUCAAUCAAGCAUUAAGUGAAGUACAACGAAGGCGGCAAAUAUUUAGAUGAUUGUUAUUUGUUUGCUUAUGGAAUUUUAUGUGUUCCACUGAAGAACGUGGUUUCUGUUUUGGCAAUCCGACUUUGCAGGAUUCAGGUGGAGGUCUUCAUCAUGUCUUACUUAGAACAACACCUUCUCAAUUUGAGCAGGAUAUGAUUCCAUUGCAGUCAAAUUAUGCAUCCAUCAACGAUGGAAUGAGUAUGGUGUACUCGACAUGAAUUAUCAAUUGUAAUUUUCUGAAAUGGCAUCUGGCCAUUUAUUGUAUUACCUGAUUAUUUCUAGGAAUUACCUUUCCUUGGGCAAGAUCAGAGGUUUUCUUCGCUCGAUUCUUUCCUACUGGUGCCCACACUAAAU